UGAGCCGGUAUAAAGAGCUGCCAAAACAGGCAGGAAAUAUUUCACUGAGGACAAUGAUGUACAUCGCCGAGAAGAGACGAAAAUACUUUACUUCUCUAUUUUUUUCCCUGAAGAGUCGCAGCAAGUAGUUAUAUCCUCGAAUGUAAAAAACGAGCUUUAAGCAAUUUAAAGAAUUGCUUUAAAGCGUGGCAACUGUAGCUUACAGUCAACGAAAUGAUGGUUAAAUAGAGGAGCCCUUUUUAUUAAGCCAGAAGACUACUUGUUUCUUCCACUCUUUCGACAAAGUCACUGUUGGUGGCCUGCUCUAGCUAUGAAGGGGUCCAAGUCAAGCAGUUGUAUGGGACCGUGUGUUUAUCCAGCGGUGCCCGAGGGCGGCUGGGGCUGGGCUGUGGCCGUGGCCUUCUUUCUGGUGGAGGUCUACACUUAUGGGACCAUUAAGAGUCUGGGUGUCUUCCUCAAGGACCUGAUGGAAGAAUUUGGGGAGAGUACCAGCCGUGUGUCCUGGGUCAUCUCCAUCUGUGUCUUCGUCCUCACUUUCACUGCCCCACUGUCCACACUGCUGAGCAACCGGUUCGGCUACCGUCCAGUGGUGAUGAUGGGAGGCUUCCUUAUCAGCCUGGGGACCACCGCCUCUGCUUUCACCAACAGCAUCAACGAGAUGUACAUCACUAUUGGCAUUGUCUCAGGCCUUGGCUACUGCCUCACCUUCCUGCCCACCAUCACCAUCCUUGCUCAGUACUUCUCCAGACGGCGAGCUCUGGUCAUCUCCCUGGCCUCUACCGGAGAAUCCAUUGCCGUGUUUGCAUUUGCUCCUGCCUUCACUAUGCUGAAGGAACACAUAGGCUGGCGUUACUGUCUCGUUAUUAUCGGUGUCCUUCAGGCUUCUGUGAUUGGCUGUGGGGCUCUCCUUCGUCCAAUCAUCAUCAUGCCAGAGAAGGAAAGGGUAGAUGAAGAAUCCGAAAAGGAGUCACUCUCUAUGAAACAGCUGCAGUCUGUUUAUGAACUGGAGAAUGAGCAAACCAGAACUUCCAUUAGUUCAGGAGGUUCACAGGGCUCUGAAGACUCGGGCGUCACUUCCCUCUCUGCCUCCAAUGCAGACCUCCAGGCAGUAGCAGCAGAAAUUAUUGAUCUGAUGGAGGUAGAACAAGGGGAGGCCCAGGAACCAUCCAUGUCUGUAUCUUCCUCUCCAGAGAAGGAGAAUGAGGUGAAGGAAGAAGGGGGCGAGGCAGAGGCAGGUCCUCUGCAGCCCUCCAGACCCAAACUCCUGGAUUUCUCAGUGCUUAAAGACAGUGCCUUCAUUUUGUACUCUCUCUUUGGCCUGUUUGCUACACUGGCCUUCUUUGCCCCACAGCUCUACAUAAUUGAACUGUGCAAGAGCCGGGGUGUGGAACCCCACAUGGCGUCUUACAUGCUCUCCGUUAUGGCUGUGGCCGAGAUUUGCGGCCGCUUGUCUAUUGGGGUGGUGUUGAAUAAAGUCCGCUGCAGGAAGACCCUGGUGCUCCUUGGAUGUGUAGUUCUGCUGUGCCCAGUGCUGAUGGCCUUCACAAUGGUGUGGGAGUUCUGGGGCCUGGUGGUCUGCUCUGCCCUCUAUGGAUUAUUCUUGGGUACAGUGGCCUGCACACACAUCCCUAUGUUGGCUGAGGAGGACGUGGUGGGAAUCGAAAGGAUGGCAUCAUCUGUCGGGGUUUACGUCUUCAUCCAGAGCUUUGCCGGGCUGGCUGGACCACCAUUAGGAGGUAUGUUGGUGGACUACACCCAGAACUAUGGUGCUGCCUUUUAUUCCUGUGCUGUGGGCAUGGGGCUUGGUGCCAUCUGCCUGUUUCUGGUCGGCCCAGCCAAGUCUGGCAUGUGCCGAAGAAAGACGAAAAACCAACGGGAGGCCAAGAGUGCAGAAGAAGUGGAGAAAGAUUCUCAGGACAGCGACCAGCUGGAGUUUCUGGAGGUCGACUUGGCCAUGGAGUGCAGUCCGGUCAAACAAGCCACCAUCGCCCAGGAGAGAGCGGUGAUAUGAACCAUACUGAAGCCGAGCAUUGCCUCAGGACCAAGAACUCACCGAGGCCAAGAAACACGACAAAGCUCUGAUUACAUACCGAUUAGAGACUGCAGUAUACAAACCACUGACACUAAAACACACCGUCGGUCUUUGCAGCCCAUACCCAAACAUCCUCACAAGCUUGAAUUGCAUUCCUUCCCAGGAAGAAAUAUUUAUCUCUGAGGCCAAAGAUACAUCAGUGCUAACUGUAAGGUCUUUUCUGCUUUCCUGUUGCCACCAUUCAGCCAGUGAACAAGUCUGCUUGUUUUUAUUUAUUUAUUUUUAACUGGAAAAAGCUUUCACAGUUCUCUCUUUUUUUUAGAGACAAUUCUCUUUUUUUAGAUGUUAGAUUUGAGUCAGUACCUUUGUCUCAGGAAAGAACUGUUGAAGUUCAGGGUACUGAGUGAAUUUCACUUCCUUAUCAUAUUAGAAUUGGGGAUGGGAACGAGUACUCGUGUAAUCAGCUACUCAACGAGUGCAGUGCUACUUGAGAUUUGCAAACUGAUUUUGCUUGUCUGAGGCAGAAUAGAAAAAUGAUUUCCCCACAUCCUGCUAAAUUCUUCUCUUGAACCUGCCAGUUCCAUAGGAUGGUGCUGUAGCCUUCCUGAUGUCAGCUCAUCUCCUGUGACAUCCCACCUCAUUGAUGGAAUGUCAUAGGAGGGUACAGCAGCAACACUUUUCAGUGACACUAUUGUUGUUAUUUUUUGUUUGUUUGUUUAAUUGUGAAACAGCCAAGAAUCAUAAUGACUCACGAUACAAAAGAAAGAAGAGCAAGCACGGCUUUUAUUGGUUCUGUGAAUAAAGGGAAGUCUAAAUAUCCCUUGAUUUUUUUGUAGUUAAAAAAAUAGGAAAAAGGCUGAUUAGCAAGUAAGCAAAAUAUUAGUGGAAUGAUGGUAAAAAAAAAAAAAAUCAAAUUAUCUAGAAAAUAAAAAGGAAAAAAUGAGCAAAGAGUAUUUUUAAGUAAACUAUAUUUAUAAUUAUUAAAAUGGAUCAGUUAUGCUGGAUAGAUGUCAGGUUUAAUACCUUUUUAUCAGCAAAAGAAAGAAAAGCAAGCACCGCGUUUUUGGCUCUAUGAAUAAAGGAAAGUCUAAAUUUCCCAGACACAGCGGUUCUUUUUUCAGUUCAUUCUACUUUACAACCUUUUAACCUAAUAGAGUAACUGACUACUAAAAUACUACGCUUCAAAAUUCCCAUCCCUAAUUAUAGAAUAGAAACCCAAUCUCUACUUGAAGCAGCAAAGCUCACCUGUGCUUUGUGGUUCAUGUCUUAGUUUUUAUGCACCGUUCAAUCACAAACCCUCAUGUGGCUCAACAAGCGAGCUGAGCAACCUGCUUCAUGGGGCUCCAUCAAAGUCAUCAGGUCCCCUCUCCAACCCUGCAUCAUCACCACUCCACUGGAGGUGUUUUUUUCAUGAUGUAAUCUUGAGGUAUGCUGGACACACACUUGAAUACAGAUGACCAGAUUACACGGUCAUUUCUUGAAGCUCUGUCAAACAAAUCGCCUCACCCCCAAAGCAUGUGGCUGCAAUAUUAGACUGUAGGCCGUCUCCAGGGUGAAAACAGACUGGUAAUGGUUUUGAAAUGCAAUUCCUAUUGUAAAAUCUAAGGUAGGGUGUGUUCCUCUACCUGUAUAUGUUCUACAUGCAUUUUAAAGCAUGGAGUAUGUCGUUACCACUGGUAUAACUGCCAUUUAUAGAUCUCGCACUACUUCAUGUAAUUUACAAUUCUACCUUUAUGGUAGCUGGCAAUAUUUGAUCAGUGUUAACCACUGAUGGUGUAGAAUCACUUCCUGAACUUCAUGAAUGGGGGACUUGGUGGAUGGUCCUUCAGCUCUGUCACUGUGCAUGGAACAGCUGUUCCACUGUAGGUUGUGGGUUUGUUUUGCAUUAGCCUCAUAAAUGAUGAAUCCACAAUGUAAUAUUGCUUUGGGUAAAAGCAUUCACUGUAUACCUACUGUUAUGAUCUUGCUGAUGUACUAUGGAAUCAUUUAGUUAUGCAACAGCAUACACAACGAAAAGCAAUGAGCUGUAGUUCAUACAGUGGGAGAACUUCAGGGUUUACUUCAGCCUUUUUUUAAACGAUGUGACUAGUUGUAUACAGUUAGCUGUAUUUUGAUUCAGGAUGUCAGUCUGACAUGAUGCACACGUACAAGCAGAACCAGAGAUGCCCUCAUACAAUAUAGAAGUAUGCAAAGCUGAAAUGGUGUGAAGGAGGAAGAAAUCAGAUCCCACUCUCUCCACACCCACUACGCCAUGAUCUGAAUUUAUGUUCUCUACAAACCCUUUCUUAAUCACUGUAUCAUAUUUACAAGUUUUUUGUUUUUGUUUUUUUCAAAUGAUGAGUUGACAUUUUGUGCCUCAGUUUUUUAAAGGUAAUUUUCAAGGUGUUUGACUUUAUGUGCUGUUCCGAUUUUCUCAUGUAUUUUUAAAUUAAAAUUUCCUCA